UGAUUCGGUGAGUGAAGCUUCUCGCUGACACAGUGGCGCGCGCACACACGGACUCAGCGGCCAAAGCCACCGUGGUGUGUCGUUCAGGCUUCAUUGAACUAAACGAAAUGUCUAAGUUAGAGCUGUUGAACUCGUAUUUGAUGGAGCGGCUGUCUGUAGCUGUGCGGGAGAUCCUGGAGGCGGUCGAAGCCACGGUAACGGAGUACCGCACAGAGACCGCACAGACACGCGUGGAGAACGAAACCCUCAAACAGCAACUCCAGGAGGUUCUCACUACACUGAGAGACCCAGUCAACAGGUCCACCAAAUCUGGCUCAGAAGAAUUCUCUCCAUGUGGGCAGCAGGAGUGGGGCUCGAGCCGGGAAGAAAAAGCAGAAGCUCUAGAAGUGACCCAGAACCAGGUGCUAAGUAAUGGUUCAGUCGGGAAGAAGACACUAGACGUGGAGCUAGUUUGCAAAAUAGACCCAGAUCCUGAGGUAAAAACCCUAGAUGAGGACUUGUGCAAGAAGAAUCCAACUUCUGCAAACACUGAGAAUGAGAACAGGAACACCUGUCAAGAAAUGUUGUUGCCUGUUGUAAAACUGCACAGGGUGAAGCUUGAAGAAGAAGAGAAGCAAAUUCCAGUAUCAUUACCAGACAUUGACCUUCCUUCAGACUCUCAUUCGUACAGCCCUGAAUCUUCUCAGAGCGUGCUCAGUCCCAGCACAGGCAGCCAUAAUGCCUUGAUCGCAGAGGUGCCAGAGAGACAAGAGCUCCACAACACAGCUCAGUCGGAUCAGACAACAAGCAUGGGGAAUUUGAGUAAAGAACCGCACAACAAAAUACUGUAUAAAUGUUCACAUUGCCGAAAGGCAUUCAUAGAACUGAAAAAGCUGCAAAUGCACCAACAAACCCACGAACGGGCCUUCGGGUGCAACUGGUGCGGCAAGGGCUUCUACCAGUCGGCCGACCUUCGCCGCCACUUGCGCACACACACUGGAGAGAGGCCCUACUUAUGCACCUGGUGCUCUAAGAGCUUUAGUCAGAGGAGCAACCUGCGGCGACACGUGCGCAUUCACACUGGAGAGAGGCCAUAUCAGUGCGCCCACUGCGAGCGCAGCUUUAACGACAGUCACACGCUGAAGAAACACCAACGCAAGCAUAGUGACGAUCGCUACAAUUGCUCUUUUUGCGACCAGAGAUUCACUGUGGCCAGGUCGCUGCAGCUUCACCUGGUAAAGCAGCACUUCAUCGACAGUGUUCAAAGCCAACAGCAAGUGAGCUUUCGGGAUCAAACGUAGACUGUACUCCUUUUUUUAGCAACCUGUUGUGCUGAAGUAUUGAACUGUCUGAUCAUUUUUUCAGUAUUAUUAUCCGUUUGGCAAAAGCUCACAGUUUUGGCUGUGCAGUCAUGUAUGUAGGAAAGACUGUGUGCUUUGUAUGAUACAGUGAUACGUCCAUCUGAUCCUUAUCACUAUGAUUUAAUUACAAGUAUGAUAAAUGUUUCUGCCCCGUGGAUUUUUUUUUUUUCACUUUAUGUGAAUCUCGCAUUUACAAAAGAUAAAAUAUCUCUAUACUUUCAUGAAGUAUGUUUGUUUUUUCUACCCUUACUGUGCACAAGGUUUAAUUAGCGUGUCAUGUCACAUCAGUGGAGGUGUUGCAAGAAAUGCUGCUUACGGUUAUCUGCUGAAGCUGCAAAGAAUUCAGAACAGAUCUUCCACUCUUUUUCAUCAGCAUGGAUUCAGUUUUGCUGGUGGAUAUGUAAAUAAUAGGAGCAACAUUAUGGGGCAGUAAUACAUGUGCAUGAAAGCAGGUUGUCAGCUCUGUGUAUCGCAGGGUUCAGAUUUAUCAAUAAACUAAAUCUGCACUACAUCAAUCAUCAGACGUUUGCAAUAAAUAAGCAAUAAAUGUCUUAUGUUUUGAGGUAAAGUUUAGCCUGGGACUAAAUUAACUUCUAUGGAUUUUUUAGUAUAAAACAAUGAUCUGAGGAGUUCUGCUUCAUCUUCAGGAACAUAAUUAAAGGUGCAGUGUGUAAUAUUUUAACAGUGCUGCUAGAACAUUAAUUAGGGAUAGUGUCAUGUGCUUGCCAUUUUUUUCAGUACAGAUUGCUUUAUAAACAGCAGAUGACUCUAAGUUUUAUACAUAGAAAUCACUUUGAUUUCGGGCAUCUUUUAUAUUAAAUGAUUGUUAAUAGCCUUUAAAAACUGUUACAUAAUACAGACUGCACCUUUAAGUGCUUUUCAUUUGCAUGCUUAACUUGUGAUCUCUAACUGGCUGCAUUAACACGAUGUGACAUAAAACGCAGUGGUUCUGACCAAGCUGCUUUCAGAUAAUAAACUCUGCUUCUAUAA